AUGUCGCACGUCUUAGUGUUCAACUCGCAUGCGAAGACAGUCAAGAUACCAACCACGCCUAUCAAAUACCUAACCGAGGUUCGGGACGAGGCAUGUCAGAAGUUUGGGGUCAGCAAGGACCAGUUCACGUUGAAAUUCAAUAACAAGCCAAUCUCCCUUUCUCAACAGAUACGCUUCGCGAACCUCGUACCAGGCGCGCGAUUAGAGCUCGUUCAAGCCUCGCGAUCGCCCACGGUCAUUUCCGUAGCCCUUCAGCUACCGGCGUCAGAGAAGAAUGCUCGCCUCACACAAAAGUUCGCCAGCAACACCUCGUUAUGGGAGAUACUGCGGCAGUUUGAGAGUGGACAGGAUGCCAACUACAACUUCACGCAACGUGGGGUGCCCCAGAUGAGCGGGGCGUCAGGUGCAGGCAGGCUACACUACGAGCAACCUGUCAUUACGGUCAUGCCGGGACAUCGCGAGCAGGCAAAUUUCACUGGCCUGCAACAGACACUGGCCCAGUUGGGAUUUGAUAGCGGGUCAGCUCUCUUAAAGUUGUCAUACAAGAACAGUGGCCUUCCGCUAGAAGAGGCCAUGGCCCAGAUAUCGCAGUACUUCAAAAGCGACCAGCCUGCAGACACCAGUGCUGAAGGUGCCCAUGCGGCCACCUCGACACAGGCCGUUUCCCAACCCAUUCUUGAGCAAGCUGCCCCCGAAGCCACAACAACGGUCGCAGGCGAGACGAUCCGGAGCGAAGAACCAGAUCCACAGCCCAUGGAUGUCGAGGAAGAAGCGACAGAUCUUCCGUCAACUGAGCCAGACGUCCCUAUGGAAGGCGCUACGGUAGAUAACGUAGGGGACAUGUCGCCAGCAGCAACACAAGCUGCGGCUACCUCAAGCGCAUCAGACGCACCAUCUAGCACUUCCGUUGCAGCUCCAGAGACGACUGAUCAGCCUAGAAACGUCCAAAUCUUCUCCGCGCCCACAUCAUCAACACCACAAGCAGCACGUAAAGCCUUCAACGAGAGCGACUACCUCCCCACCAUCGAGCACGCAAAAGUCCACCAAGCCCAGCUGCUAAAUAAGACCAGGAAUACGCGCCUCCUUUCUGACAAAGAGCUCGAGGAGCAGGAGAAAGCUAGACAAGAAAAGCUAGCAGCCGCCGCUGCAAAAGGUGGUGCGCUCCGCAUACGCUUCCCUGACGGCACACUCGUCCAAAUGAACUUCACCAAAGACGACACAGCCACGGCCCUCUACGACUUUGUCCAAGGCUUCCUCGACCGCAAGAACGAGCCCUUCGAACUCAAAAAUACUGGUCCAACCGGCCGUCUCGUUCUUAUCCAGAAGGACGGCAAGCGCUUGAGUCACGACUUGCGCUUCUCGACGAACGAGCUCAUCACGUUUCAGUGGGCUGAGUCUGCGAGUGCAGAGGCGAGGGCGUCGAGGAAGACGUUGGCGCAGGAGUGGCAGGCGAAGGCGACGGAGCUCAAGGUUGAGGAGCCGCAGGCUGAGAAAUCACAGCCGCCGAGUCAAGGCCAGACGGUUGCUGAGGGGAAGAGGAAGGCGGCCAUGAGCUCGGAGGAUAAGGAGAGCAAGCUGAAGAGUAUGCUGGGCAAGACGCUGUUUAAGCGCAAGUAG